GUCUCAGGAUGUAACCUAUAGAAUAAAGAUCAGAAUAUGUACCUCACAUUGAUCCUGUGAAUAUUAUAAAUUAAAGGAGACAAGAAGGCAUGAAAGAGUUUUGGGGACAUGUUUUAUUUACUUUACUAUUUUGUCUUGAUAAAAUACAAUUGGGUGGUAUCUCACAUGAGAAAUUUUGAUACAAAUGGCAAUCACUUUCUUCACGAGAAAUGUUUGCGAACCGAGUGUUCACAUGACAGCCAUGGACUAGGGAGACGUGAGCCUGGGAGGCCCCGCUGAGGGAGCCCAAGGCUGAAGAGAGCCUCCUCGAGGGCCUUCCCCAGCGGCUCCCCAGCCACCGUCCCCAGAAGGUUCCUGUGGAAUGAUUGAGACAAUGGAAGAACUUUAUGUGGCAAAUACAAUCUUUGCCCUCAAUUUCUUCAAGCAUCUGGCAAAUACAAGCGCUGACACCCAGAAUCUCUUCUUCUGUCCCUGGAGCAUCUCCUCCACCAUGGCCAUGGUCUACCUGGGCGCCCGGGGCAAUACUGCAGACCAGAUAGCCCAAGUGCUUCAGUUUAACCAAGUUGGAGUCCACAGAGGCACCCCAGUGACCCCACGGAGCCUCAGCAGUUAUAAUUUCUCACAGCAGAUCCAGAGGGGCACCUAUCCUGAUGCUAUUUUGCAGGCACAAGCUGCGGGGGUAAUCCAUUCAUCCUUCCAUUCUCUCAGCAAUGCUAUCAACGUGUCCAUGGGGGAGUAUUUAUUGGAAAGUGCCAAUAAACUGUUUGGAGAGAAAUCUGCAAGAUUCAAGGAAGAAUACAUGCAACUCUCCAAGAAAUAUUACUCUACAGAACCUCAGGCAGUCGACUUCCUAGAAUGUGCAGAAGAUGCCAGAAAAAAGAUUAAUUCCUGGGUCAAGACUCAAACCAAAGGCAAAAUCCCAAACUUGUUACCUGAAGGUUCUGUUGAUGCAGACACCAAGAUGGUCCUGGUGAAUGCUAUCUACUUCAAAGGAAAAUGGAAGACUCCAUUUCAGAAGAAACUAAAGGGGCUUUAUCCUUUCCGUGUGAACUCGACUCAGCACAAAUCAGUAGAGAUGAUGUUCCUGCAUGAAAAGCUAAACAUUGGAUACAUAGCAGACCUGAAGGUCCAGAUUCUAGAACUCCCAUAUGCUGGAGAGGUCAGUAUGUUCCUGCUGCUUCCAGAUGGAAUUGCUGAAUCCUCUACAGGCUUGGAGUUGCUGGAGAGUGAAAUCACCCAUGACAAACUCAGCAAGUGGCUCAGCGGGGACACCAUGGGUGAGGAUGACGUGGAGGUGUACAUCCCCAAGUUCAAACUGGAAGAGCGUUAUGGACUCAAGACCAUUCUCACGGGCAUGGGCAUGGGCGAUGCCUUCAGCCAAGGCCGAGCCAAUUUCUCAGGCAUGUCAGAAAAGAAUGACCUGUUUCUGUCUGAAGUGUUUCAUCAAGCUUCUGUGGAUGUGAAUGAGGAGGGCACUGAGGCUGCUGCCGGCACUGGGGCCAUUGUAACAGGGAGAACAGGCCACGGAGGCCCGCAGUUCGUGGCAGACCAUCCUUUCCUCUUCCUUAUUGUGCACAAGAUAACCAAGAGCAUUCUCUUCUGGGGUAGAUUUGCAUCACCCUAAAUUGAAAGUUUCCGUUUCUGCACAGGAAUUUAUAAUAUGGGGUAUAAACCUCAGGAUUUCUGCAAGUGCCAAAUCUUUAGAGACCUCUGCAUGUUUCUGCUUUUCUGAACUUCUAUUACACACUAACUAGAAACACAGACAUAGCGUGACAUCUGUCAAUCUUAACAUUACCCGCCCCCCCGCCAUUAAUCAUUUGGCCUCCUAAAAUGGGAUGAUAUCUCAUUAAGCUCUUUCUUACUCUCAGUUUAUUUUAUA